GAGGCGGUGUUGCGCUCCUUCUUCCUCCCCGGGGAUCCUCAGAACUUUGAGCUGAAGGAGGUCGUCGCCGUGCAGCGUCUCCAUAGCGACGACAUAUUCAACCGUAACGGGGACCAUGACAACCAUUCCCCCGAUAACGGGACCCCCGACAACCGGACCCCCCCGAGGGAGGGUUGCCCCGACAACGCCUGGCUGCUGAGGCUCCGCCCCCGUGACCCAGAGGUCAUCGAGGUGUUCUCCAGCUGGAACAGGUCCUUCGUCUCGGUCUCCGUCUCUAAAGACAGCUCAGCAGAGACGGUUCUCUCAGAUGUCCUCAGGCGGCUGGACAGAAAGGAGGAGGAUGUGUCCAGCUUCAGUCUGAUGGAGGUCUACAUGAGCAGCAAGCAAGUCCAGAGACAGACGCUGUCCCCUCAGGAGAAGAUCCUGGAGAAGCUGCAGGAGAUCAGGAAGGUGUCUUUGCGUCAGAUGAACCAGACGCGGUUGGUGGCGGUGCCGAACAGGAAGGGGGGGGUCCUCUCUGCUCAGCAGGGGGUCCAGGUGAGUCUGCUGAUCGGAGGCCUGGACCCCCUGCUGAGCAGAGAGGAAUACGAGAGGCUGAUCCAGGAGCAGCUGACCAACAAGA